UGUCUCCUCCCAGCCGGCUUCCUCCCCCGCAGCGGGGCGAGCCGGAACUUUUAUCCAUAGGAACGGGUUUGCACAGUAGAGUGUUGCCGGCCGGCGUCAAAAGGAAUUGGGUGCCAUCCUCUUCCUUUUACCUUCGUCGCGGCGGAGCGGAGCUGAGCCGAUCCGAUCGAGGAGCGCGGUUACCGGGCGUGCUGGGUCUAUGGUCGCUCCGCGAGCCGCUCCGCCGGCUGGUGCUUUUUUAUCAGGGCAAGCUGUGUUCCAUGGCAGGGAACUUUUGGCAGAGCUCCCAUUAUUUGCAAUGGAUUUUGGAUGAACAAGAUCUGUUGAAGGAACGCCAAAAGGACUUAAAGUUUCUUUCAGAAGAAGAAUAUUGGAAAUUACAAAUAUUUUUUACAAAUGUUAUCCAAGCAUUAGGUGAACAUCUUAAGUUAAGACAACAAGUUAUUGCCACUGCUACAGUCUAUUUCAAGAGAUUCUAUGCCAGGUAUUCUCUGAAAAGUAUAGAUCCUGUAUUAAUGGCUCCUACAUGUGUGUUUUUGGCAUCCAAAGUAGAGGAAUUUGGAGUUGUCUCAAAUACAAGACUGACUGCUGCUGCUACUUCUGUAUUAAAAACUAGAUUUUCAUAUGCCUUUCCAAAGGAAUUUCCUUAUAGGAUGAACCAUAUAUUAGAAUGUGAAUUCUAUCUUUUAGAACUAAUGGAUUGUUGCUUGAUAGUGUAUCAUCCUUAUAGACCUUUGCUCCAGUAUGUGCAGGACAUGGGCCAAGAAGACAUGUUGCUUCCCCUUGCAUGGAGGAUAGUGAAUGAUACCUACAGAACGGAUCUUUGCCUACUGUAUCCUCCUUUCAUGAUAGCUUUAGCUUGCCUACAUGUAGCCUGUGUUGUACAGCAGAAAGAUGCCAGACAGUGGUUUGCUGAGCUUUCUGUGGAUAUGGAGAAGAUUUUGGAAAUAAUCAGGGUUAUUUUAAAACUAUAUGAACAGUGGAAGAAUUUCGAUGAGAGAAAAGAGAUGGCAACUAUUCUUAGCAAGAUGCCAAAACCAAAACCUCCUCCAAACAGAAGUUCCCUGAGUGAUUCUCCACUAGUGGCAGGGCCUGAAGCUGCAAGAUGAUGAUGGACAAGAUAAGGCAAUAAUCCUAUUGCCACAGAUACUGUGAAGGAGAGCAGGGUCCAAAUGGAAGUCAGAAUUCUAGCUACAGCCAAUCUUAAAACAUUCCGAAGAAUUCCGUAGUGGACCAGUUGGAAAUAAACCAUUGGACAGAUUUCAGUAAUGUCUUCAAUGGAACACAAAUGAACAUGAAUAGCUUGUUUCUGUCAAGCAUAUUGGGAAGUGAUUUUAUUUUUGCAAAAUAAGGUUUUCCUUACCUAAUUUGAUUCUAGUACAUAAUUGAUUAAAGGCUCUUGAUUUUUUAAAGUUUGGAAAGGUUCUAAGGGGACCUACAGACAGACAUUUCAAAAUUAAUAGCUUUUGCUUAGUAUAAUUUUUCUUAAUUUGGAUAAUAAUUGUAGUUUUUUAUUAAGCCAGGAAACAUGAAGCAUAAUUUGUUUAAAAUUCUCUUUGGUCAUUGAAGGACCAAAAAAGGACAUAAAAAGUGAACUAUAUGAGGGGUUUUCUCCCUCCUUAACUUAAACUUUAAAACUGUAUUUAAGGAAUCAAAUCUUACAAAAUCUUGGAAGAUUUUGGUAAUGAUAUUGAUAAUUUCAGGGAAAUUAAUCAAGUACCUAUUGAUUUUAAAGUGUAUUUUAUUCAGUAGUUUUAGUAUCUUGCCAUGGAAGAUACUAGCCCAGCCUCGCAGAAAAGUGCAAUAUGUAUAGCAUACUUUGACAUUUUAAAAAUUUUAUUAAUUCUGUAACCAUUUUGAAAUGCUGGGCAAACUUUUUUUAAAAACCUACAUGAAGUUAUUUGCAUUUGACUCAGUUUAAUCAGACAUUUAGAAAGCUAAUUGGAUAAAACAUAAAAUGGUUGAAAUUUGAUAACAUUUUAAUGUUAAUUUUUACUCUACUGUGAAAAGUUUUUUAUAUGACAUACACACUCUAGUUUAUUUUUAUGUCUUAGCCUGGAUUUACAAAUUUAUUACAGGUAUCCUGAGCCAGGAACACAAUCAGGUUUCAGGCCAGUUUGAUACUGGCUAUUCUUAAUUCUCACAUGAGCGUAGGAUUUAAGACUAAAUGUUAUGUCAGUGGGACUGUGCUGUCUGUGGAACUUAAUAAAUUAAUCAUUUUCUUCAGACUUGAAGGGGAGAGAUAAAAUUUAGAGUCAUAGGAUAUUGAUGUACAAUUUAAGGAUUAAAAAUUUUAUGAAUCAAUUGUGAACAAUGAAAUUACAUGUUGAUUUCGUAGUAUAAAACUGCAAAAAUAAAAGUACGUUCUCCAGCUAUA